AUUGUCAAUUUUGUUACUUCGUCUGGUUGUAUUCUUUUGAGUUAUCGUAAUGAUAAACAUUCCUAUACUGUGUAGCAUAAUCGGUCACUAAUUUAACGAGAAAAAAACACAUACAUAUUAAAUAUCAUGAAUGAUUCACCAGUCAAUGUGGAGAUAGAGGCGAUAAAAAGGAGCGUUUAAAUAAACGAAGAGUGUUGAAAAUGACAUUUAGACUGUAUUAGAGAUUUUUAAUUGAAUUUUUAAAAUCCGUAAAAAAAAUCAAAAGAAAAAAAAGGCAUAAAAAGAUAAGAAAAUAGUUGAUUGAAAAUGGAAUCAAAUUUUUGGAAUUGGAAUUGGAGUUACGUGUGUCCAACGGGACUAACACCAUGGCAAGCAGAACAAAAAUUUCUAUCGCCAUGUUUUCAACAAAUUUGUUUACAGCUACCAAUGCUAUUUAUAUUUGCCAUCAUAUCUGCUUAUUUUUUUGGCAAUCAAACCGUUUUAAUUCGUCGAAAUAAAACACAACAUUUUUUUAUAUCAUUGCGAGUUUUAGCAUCAUUUUUGAUCAUAAUACUACAUUUUUAUUCAAUGUAUCAAAUGAUUGUGACAGAAGUGCCUAUAUAUCCGAUCGAUGUUUUAUUAAUGGGUUUCCAAAUUUUGACAUGGUCCAUUCAUAUCGGUUUUCUACUGGUGCUACGAAAUCAUGGAAAUUUAAGUCAUCGUGGGCCAUUAUUCAUUUUAGUCAUAUGGAUUGCAUUGGCACUACUAUCUGGAAUUUGGUUACGUACAGCCAUUUACUCAAAGAAUUGGCUUAAUGCUGCCAUUUUAGUUGCGUUGCAUUUUGUAUACCUAUUGUCGUUAAUGUUAAAAGGAAAUUCCACAUAUAUCCAACGACGUACGCUACAAGUUGAUGAGCGUCAAAGUCUUCUCGGGACACAUUAUGUUCGAUUUCACGAUGAUAUGCAGAUCGAAGCAUUAGGACAGGCACAAGAUGAAGCACUAUGCCUAUCAAGGUUGCUUUUCUACUGGGUAAAUCCGUUAAUUGAAAAGGGAAUUAGUGGCAACUUGAAAACAAUCGAUGAUCUCUUUGAUUUGCCCGAAUCGAUGUCAAUAAAUAACACGGCUGAAUGCUUACAAAAUGCAUUGGCAUCAACUGUGAGUCUAUUCCGUGCAUUACAUCGUGUAUUUGGAUUUGAAUUUUAUGCAAUUGGUGUCCUUCGUUUUUUGGCUGAUAUGUUAAGUUUUACUGGACCACUCCUGAUGAAUAGCCUUUUGUCUCAAAACUCAAACGAUCAAACCGAAACUAAUUUAUUAUCGUAUGCGUAUGCAUUUGGUCUCUUUUCAACUACAUUGAUUGGUGCUUUUUUGGGGACACACUUCAAUUGGCAGAUGUCAAUAAUAAGUCUAAAAAUGAGAAUGGGACUUACAACGGCUAUUUAUCGAAAAGCACUUAAUGCACAAUUUGUCAAUGAUAACAGCCCGGAAGUACUUAAUCUAAUGUCUACUGAUACCGAUCGAAUUGUAAAUUCUUGCAUUAGCUUCCAUUCAUUUUGGAGUACACCAUUUCAAUUGUUUGCAACCCUGUAUCUAUUGUAUACACAAAUUGGCCUGGCAUUUGUUGGGGGAGUCAUAUUCGCCGUUAUAUUAAUACCAAUCACGCGAUGGCUUGCAAUCAGAAUUUCAUCACUAUCACAAGAGUUUUUGAAUGCAAAAGAUGCAAGAGUGUCACAAACUUUUGAAGCAUUAUCCGGGGCCAAACAGAUAAAAAUGCUUAGCUGGGAAGAUGUAUUUGUUGAGAGAAUACAAAACAUGAGACAGAAGGAACUUAAAGCACUAGCGAAGCAAAAAUAUUUGGACGCGUUAUGCGUAUUUUUCUGGGCCAUAACACCCACCAUUAUCAAAUUGCUUACAUUUGCAACAGCAGCUGUUCUUGGUCAAACUAUGACAGCCGCAACAGCAUUUGCCAGCGUAGCACUUUUAAAUAUGUUGAUCGGACCAUUAAAUGCAUUUCCAUGGGUAUUCAAUGGCUUAGUUGAGGCAUACGUAUCAUUAAAACGUGUACAAAUCUAUCUCGAUUUGCCUGAUAUUGAUUUACAAAAGUACUACUCACCACUUGAACCGCAAACUCCUACCGAAGAUGAAUCGACCAAAAAACCAGUCAUAAUUAGUAUGAAUAAUGUUUCGUUUUGCUACAAUAAACCAAUCCAAAAUGGUAAUGAUGAAAGACGUUUCUUACUGAAUUCGAUCUCCGGAGAUAUUAAAAAGGGAGACUUGGUAUGCAUUGAAGGUCCGGUUGGUGGAGGCAAGAGUGCAUUUUUAAAUGCAAUCAAUGGAAGUUUGAGUCGAAUAAGUGGUUAUAUACAUUUACAAGAUAUUGACGAAGGAAUGGCAUAUGUAGCACAACAACCAUGGCUACAACAUGGUACAAUGCGAGAAAAUAUUCUAUUUGGACAAAUGUUCGAAGAACAGCGUUAUCGAAAAGUGAUUUGGGCAUGUGCCUUAUCAAAAGACAUUGAAGAUUUGGGCGGCGAUAAUAUUGAUAUUGGUGAAAAUGGUUCAACUCUAUCAGGCGGUCAAAAAGCGAGAGUGGCUCUUGCACGAGCAGUUUAUCAGGAAAAACAAAUUUAUUUGAUUGAUGACGUUCUGGCGUCACUCGACGCUCACGUAUCUAAACAUAUCGUGAAGCAUUGCAUUUUAGGUCUGUUGAAGGAUCGAACUCGAAUUGUAGUAACAGAAAAUCGUUCAUUGUUCUACUACUCGAAUCAAAUACUGCACGUUGAAGAGGGAGUAGUCACAACGAGCGAUUUUGCAUUAGGCAGUUUUGAAAGUGACCACCUUGAAAGCGAAUCAUCAUCGUCGUCCGAAUUUGAAAUCAAUUCAUCAUUCAGUUUUGAGUUGAAUACCGAAGACCUUAUUAGUCCAGAAAAAUCAGUAUUUCAUGAAAUUAAAGAGUCGGGUGCAUUGUCAUCGCGUGUAUUGACAGCAUAUGGCAAGGCCUGGGGACCCACAUUAGGCUUUUUUGUGUUGCUAUCACUAUUUUUAAUGCAAGCGUCAAGAAAUAUAUCAGAUGCUUGGUUAGCACACUGGAUAAAAAGCAUAAACGAUUCAAAUUCAACAGUAACACAACAAAAUAUGUUGACCGAAUCAAAAUCAUACACAGAUACAAUCACGAGUUAUUUGACGUGCACUUUUCAGCAACUCUUGACAUUAGGUGAUAUUGACGAGUGUACAAAGGAGAAUAGGGAAAAUUCAACCGAAGAACAUAUUUGGGCAGCUCAAAACAGUUAUUAUCUUGCUAUUUAUAUUGGAAUUGCUGUAUUCAAUUCGAUUAUAGCUCUGAUUCGAGCCUUCACAUUUGCCUAUGCUGGCAUCAAGGCGGCCAAAUUCAUUCACAAUCGCCUUUUGAAUUCAGUCAUUUUUACUGAGUUCAGCUUCUUUGACAUUACGCCUGUUGGUCGCAUUUUGAACAGAUUUAGCUCAGACAUCAAUACAAUUGAUGAUUCGCUGCCUUUCAUUUUGAAUAUAUUUCUCGCACAGAUAGCGGGUUUGAUUGGUGCUUUAAUUGUAUCUUUAUACGGUAUGCCAUGGUUAAUCCUCGUCAUAGUUCCAAUGACUCCCAUUUACUUUGAUAUUCAAUCGCGUUAUCGCAAAUCAUCACGAGAUAUUAAACGAUUAUCAAGCAAUGCACUAAGUCCAAUAUAUACGCACUUCACGGAGACCGUUCAAGGUCUAACAACAAUACGUUCAAUGAGAGCCGGUAAUAGGUUUCAACGUGACUUUUUAGUCAAAUUAGAAGAUAGCACAAGAUCACAAUUAACUGCAUCGGCAGCCCAACAGUGGCUAGGAUUACGAUUACAAAUGCUCGGUGCAUUUUUGAUUGGAGGCUCUGGAUUCAUAGCUGUGAUUACCUCGGCUGACUCAACUACACCCGAGCUAACUGGACUUGUGAUAUCUUACACUUUGUCAUUUGUGACGUUACUAAGUGGUGUACUUAACGCUCUAACCGAAACAGAGCAAGAACUAAUUGCUGUUGAACGUGUGAAUAACUACAGUAAGCUGAGGCCAGAAAUGAAUGCUGAAGGAAGCAGAGACGCUCCGUUCGGCUGGCCAUGCCAAGGUGUUGUUAAAUUUGAAAAUGUUUCAUUCAAGUACAGACCAUAUCUACAGCCUUCACUGCGAAAUAUAAACUUUCAAACAUCUUCGUGUGAAAGAAUCGGUGUGGUUGGCAGAACAGGAGCCGGAAAAAGUUCAUUGAUGGCCGCAUUAUUGCGUGUCGCUCCACUUCAUAAUGGUCAUAUUACGGUGGACACCGUCGAUAUCGCCACAUUGAAACUUAGUGUUCUUCGGUCACGUAUAUCGCUUGUGCCACAAAAUUCAUUCCUAUUUUCAGGGACCAUUCGAGAUAAUCUGGACCCUCGUGGCCUUCAUUUAGAUUCAGAUAUAUGGAAUUCAAUUCAACGUUGUCUGGCCACACCCUUGGUACAAUCACUUGGUGGACUAAAUGCAAACCUAGAUGUCAAUGGUUCAAAUAUAUCGGCUGGUCAAAAACAACUUUUAUGUCUCGCCCGAGCAUUGUUGCGAAAAUCAAAAGUUGUAAUAAUAGAUGAGGGCACCUCAAGUUUGGAUUCCGACUCAGAAACGGCCAUUCAACUUAUUUUGAGAAAUGCUUUUGAAAGUUCUACUGUAUUGUUAAUCGCGCAUAGAUUGAAUGGCCUUCAGCAGACUGAUCGUUUGUUUGUCGUAGAAAAUGGCCAAAUAAUUGAAGAGGGGAAUCCUCAACAGCUUGCCAGUGAUAUAGACUCUCGAUUCCAUGCACUAUUGGAUGAGCAACAAACAACACAAAUGAAACCAAAAAUUAUUUGAAACUAAACUUAUUGUACAGUACAUGACCCAACCAAAAAACAAAAACCUACCUAUUAUCCAUGUUGCUCUUAAGAAAUAAGUAUUUAAAUGAAUUAUGUGAAUUCUCAAUUUUAGUUAUUUUAUUUUAUAUUAGUAUAUUCUUUUAAUAAUUAAACAUUUAAUUAAAAUUUCAUAUUUGAUUUUUGCUUUCCUUAAGGCAAGGAGACAAUUUAUGGAA